ACGGGGACGAGGCGAGGCUCCGCGCCACUUUAUAGAAAAAGCGGGGUCCCGUAAAUCUUGCUGUCACCAUUCUUUCCCUCCCCCCGUGCUUCGAAAUGGUACUCCCCCAUCCGGCAAGGGCAAGGGGAGGGUGCGAAGAGGAGGCGUAGUAGCCCGGGCGCCAUGGCGACGGGAGAUUCCGCCCCCGCCCUUCCUUGUAGUCUCUGGCUCCCGCCUCGGCCCCGCCCAGCCGCGGGACACGUCGCAGGAGAGGGAAGCGGCCGGGGAGCCUCAGCGAAGCUGCGGCGGCGACGCGAGCCCUUCCUCCGCGGUGGAAGCAGCAGCAGCAGCAGCAGCAGCCAUCGCGACGCCUCUGCCGCCGCCACCGCCUGCUCCUUCCUCAGUUGAACAUUUUGGCUAUGAAAAUUUAAAAUGGACCCUGAAGAGCAGGAGCUGCUUGGUGAUUAUAGAUACAGAAAUUAUUCUUCAGCAAUUGAUAAAGCUUUAAGGAACUUUGAAUCAUCGAGUGAAUGGGCAGAUCUUAUAUCUUCUCUUGGUAAACUUAACAAGGCUCUUCAAAGUAAUUUGAAGUACUCCCUUUUACCAAGGCGUCUGAUUAUUAGCAAGAGGUUAUCUCAGUGUUUACAUCCAGCGCUGCCCAGUGGAGUGCACCUAAAGGCACUAGAGACCUAUGAAAUAAUAUUUAAAAUCAUUGGGACCAAAUGGCUUGCAAAGGACUUGUUUCUAUACAGCUCAGGCUUGUUUCCAUUGCUGGCAAAUGCAGCAAUGUCGGUGAGGCCUGUUCUUCUUGGCCUGUAUGAAAAAUACUUUAUCCCACUGCAGAAGUGCCUCUUGCCAAGUCUUCAAGCCUUCUUAAUUGGACUCCUGCCCGGUUUGGAGGAAGGGUCAGAAAUCUAUGACAGGACAGAUGCUUUACUUGUGAAGUUGUCUCUAGUAAUUGGCAAAGAAGUGUUUUACUCGGCAUUAUGGGGGAGUGUCCUGGUUAGUCCUUCCAUAAGACUGCCUGCCUCCCUUUUUGUUGUUAGUCAUAUCAACAGAGACUUAUCUGGAAAACAGCAGAAGUAUAUGCUGGGAACUGAUACUAAGCUCAUGGUCAAAGCUUUUUGUGUGUCAAUGCUGGAUUCAAAUGUUCUUGUACAAAGGAACACUUUGGAAGUGGUUCUCUUCUUCUUCCCAUUUUAUUCAUGUUUGGAUCCCAGUGAAAGUGCUGUCACACUAUCUAGGUCUGAUAUAGUCCACCUUCUCUCAGCAUCUGCCCAAACUCUCUUAAGAAGAGAUAUGUCACUUAACAGAAGGUUAUAUGCAUGGCUGCUAGGUUCUGAUAUCAAGGGAGGUACUUUUCUACCAGAUCCGUCUAUUUCUAUGUCCUUAGAGGACCAUGCCUUCUACUUUUUUGGGAAAUAUUCCAAAGAUCUUUUAGUUGAGGCAUUGAUUGAAAUACUGCAUCAAAAUUUUGCGGAAUCUGACUUGGAGGAACAGCAUCAUGCAUAUUUGAGACCAUUCCGCAUUCUGAUAAGCCUACUUGACAAACCUGAAAUAGGACCACCAGUUGUUGCGGAUUUGUUUCUUGAAGUGAUCAGAGCAUUCUAUUCUUAUUGCAAGGAUACACUGGGUUCUGAUCUUAAACUUAGUUACAGUCAAACAGGAAAUGUCCUUACAAGUGCAAUCAAAGAAAACAAGAAUGCAUCUGAGAUAGUUAAAACAGCUAAUCUGCUGAUCACAUCCUUAAGCACGGAUUUUCUCUGGGAUUAUAUGACCAGAUGUUUCGAAGACUGCUUCAGAAAUAAAUCUAUGCAGACACAACUUAUGACGAGGAAUGUUGCAACCGUUUCAGAACUCUGCACUCUACUGAUAUUUCUUCUAGAUGUAAUACCAUUAGAACUUUAUUCCGAAGUGCAGUCUCUCUAUCUGCCACAGAUGCUCUGCUGUAUAGUGCAAUCUCUCCUUGAAAACAUGGAAACACUAAGUUUACCAGAGCUCACUCAUGCCUUAAGGACAUGCUUCAAAGUACUUAGCAAAGUGCAGAUGCCCCCUGCCUACCUAGGUACUGAUACAGGAAGCUCAGACACUAGCCCCAUGAGGGAAGAAAACCAGGAACUGACUACAGAAUCCAAAGUGCUCCAGAAUGAAGAUGACACUCUUUUUCCUCCACUCAAGUCUGAAGACAGUGGUAUAGGCCUUAGCACUUCAUCCCCAGAGUUCUCUCAGCACUUGAGAAUACCUAGGGUAACUCCUGAGAAAGAUGAUGUCUGGAAAAAGGGUGGAAGCAUGCAGAAGACCUUGCAGUGCAUCCAGGAGCUGGUGGCAAAAUUUGCCAGCAAAUACGUAUUUGUCGUUCAUCUACAAGAUCCCAGUAAUGGCAGUGUUCUGUCAGUGCAUUCAAGACAAGGGGAGAAAAAAGGAAACCAUUAUCAAGCUGCUGGAAAUAUUUCCAAGAAAAGGAGCUCAUGGGACUCCAAGCAAAUAACUGUGCCUCAGUUUAAGCAGAUGCUAACAGACCUAUUCACUGUCCGAGGGUCAUCUUUUAAACAGAAAGAUCUGGAUCCUCCAUCUCCUUCAGAAGAGCUUGGUGGUGAAAGGGGAAAAAAGGAAGAAGAAUGGGACAUUGACCAAGUUAUGCUUGACUUGGGAGAUAUGAGAGAAGACUGUAGAGAGGCCUUUGCAGCUAUGUGCUACCUCUUAUUGGAUUGUACUACAUUCCCUGUUUAUCUUUCUGAGGAGGAAACUGAGGAGCUCCAUUUGUCUCUCUUUCAAGUGCCUGGUGGCUGUGAAUCCAGUUUCCCCCUGUGGCUCAAAUCCCUGAUGACAAUAUGUUGCUGUGUCAAUGACUGCCACAUUCAGAAUGUGUCCAUCUCUGUACUGCUAGAAGUAAUUAACCAAUCCCAGUCAUUGGCACUGGUUAUUGAAGACCGAGUAAAGCGGUAUAAAGUUCCUGGGCAGAACCCCUUCUUUGGAAGGCUGCAGAUGGUCACAGUUCCUCCUAUUGCACAUGGGGUUCUCAAACUUAUUUCGGAAAAAACUGAUUUUUACCAGAGAGUUGCUCAAGUGCUUUGGAAUCAGCUAAACAAAGAGACGAGAGAGCAUCACAACACUUGUGUAGAGCUGUUCUACCGUCUUCAUUGCCUGGCUCCAUCUGCUAAUAUCUGUGAAGACAUCAUCUGCCAUGCAUUGCUGGAUCAUGAUAAAGGGACAAGGCUGGAGGCACUGUUCCGGUUCUCUGUCAUGUGGCAUUUGACCAGAGAAAUCCAAGGCAGCAGAGUCACUUCCCACAAUCGCUCUUUUGAUAGGUCUCUGUUCGUUGUGUUGGACAGCCUUAAUAAUUCGGAUGGAGCUAUUGGUGCUGCUGCACAGGGUUGGUUGAUACGAGCGCUGUCACUUAAUGAUGUUGCACGAAUUCUGGAACCCAUCCUUCUGCUUCUGCUUCAUCCCAGGACACAGCGUACCUCUAUUCACUGUGUCAAGCAGAAAAAUUCAGCAGAAGACAUGCGUUUCUGGUACAAAAAGAAGAAAGUCCCUUUCCAGAAGUCCUUGGGGCGUUCUGAAAGCAGCUCUGAAGAAAGUUUGCCACUGAGCCAGUUUACAACUGUGGACAGGGAAGCCAUUUGGGCUGAAGUUGAAAAAGACCCAGAAAAAUGCCUGCUUAAAAAUGAACUGGCUGUAAGUGAUCGUUAUCGGUGUGCAGAAGCUUCACCAGACGUAGACGAGGAGGAUAAUAGUGAACACACAGAGUCUGCUGAUACCAGCACUGGACCUGCGGAUAGUGAUAAUACAUCAUCCUUUUCUCCUUCUCUGGACCAGCAGGAUAUGAGCAAUGACGAGAACUACAGUGGCUCGACAGACGACAAAGAAAGCAUGAAGCUCGUUGGCUCUUCUAAUGUUUAUCCUCCUGAAAGUUCCAAAUCCAGCACCAUGCUCAAUCUGGUACGCGCAGAUUCUGAGAAAACUCAAGCAUCGGAGUCUCUCUCAAGCGAUGACGAGGUGGAUUUGGAGCUUCAAGCCCUUACCACCGCUAGGUUGCUAAAACAGCAGAAGGAAAAACAGGAAAUGGCCGAGGCUCUCUUUAAGCACAUUCUUUUGUACCUGCAGCCGUAUGAUUCCAAAAGGGUCCUAUAUGCUUUUUCUGUACUUGAGGCAGUACUCAAAACAAACCCUCGGGAGUUUAUUGAAGCUGUAGCCAGCACUAGCAUGGAUACGAGCUCCACAGCUCAUCUGAAUCUCAUCUACAAUCUUCUAGCCCGCCACCAGGAAGCUCUGGUGGGACAGAGCUUCUACGGAAAGCUUCAGACUCAGUCACCAACCGUGUGUCCCCAUUCACUGUUAAUAGAGUUGCUGACAUACCUGUGUCUGAGUUUCCUGCGCUCUUACUACCCUUGUUACUUAAAAGUGACUCACAAAGAUGUGCUUGGCAAUAGGGAUGUCCAGGUCAAAAGUGUUGAAGUCUUGAUAAGAAUGAUGAUGCAGUUGGCUACAAUGGCCAAAUCAUCAGAGAGCAGGAACACAGAAUUUAUACGCAACUUGCUUGGCAGAUGCAAAGUUCAAGAAUUUGUCCUCCUUUCUCUAUCCGCUUCUAUGUAUGUAAGUCAGAGGUGCUAUGGACAUACAAUGGCCAAUAAGACUAAUGGGUUAAGUGAAGAGUGCAUCCUUGAGGAAAGCCUAAUCAACUUUGGUCCUGAUCAGAUUUGGAGCGAGCACCCGUUGCAGAUUGAGCUGCUUAAACUUCUGCAAGUGUUGAUAGUCUUGGAGCAUCACCUUGGACAGACUCAGGAGGAGGUGGAAAAUCAACCAGGCCUAUCUAAGGAAUGGCAAAAGUCACUUAACUUCCAGGAGGCCAUUAGUGCAAUGCAGUAUGUGCACCCACACCCUAUAACCUCGCAGGGAUUAUUUGUGUCUGCCGUAGUCCGAGGCUUGCAGCCCGAGUAUGGCUAUGGUAUGCAUCCAGCUUGGGUGGGUUUGGUUGCAUAUUCCUUGCCAUUCUUUGGGAGAUCUUUAGGUUGGACAGUGGCACCGUUUAUUGUACAGAUCUGCAAGAACCUGGACGAACUUGUCAAACAGUAUGAAUAUGAAACUCUGAAAGUGUCACCAAAGUCAUCUGUAAGCAUAAAUUCUAAAAGGGAAAACAUCACACCAGAUUAUCCUCUUACCCUUUUGGAAGGACUAACCACUAUUGGCCAUUUUUGUCUUUUGGAUCAUCCAAAUCAAACCAAAAAGUCACCGUGGAAUGUUGACCCUAUAAACCUAAGAAAUGCCAGGAAUGCCAUUUUGGAAGAGUUUCCACGUAUCAUUAACACCAUGUCUCUCCUUUGGGGUGUCAUAAAAAAGGAAGAUUCUCAAAAAAGACCAGCUGACUUCCUUGGAACAAAAGGCUCUUCUUCAGUUUACUUUAAGGCAACCAAAACGUUGAAGAAUAAAAUCCUUGACUUCUUGAAUCCCCUCACUGGGCAGCUUGGGGUGCAACUUAUAGCUGCAGUAGCAGCAGUGUGGAGCAGCAAAAAAUCUCACAGGCAUCAAAACAAAACAAAGAUUCCUCCCGCAGCUAGUGCAUCUCAGCUUAUACUUGUUGAUCUAGUUUGUGCCCUAAAUACUCUGAAGACAGACACUAUAUUGCAGCUUGUAAAAGAAGUUGUAAAGAAACCAUCCCAAAUCAAAGGUGAAGAGAAAUCUUCUCUAGUGGAUAUCCCAGUGCUCCAGUUCUGCUAUACUUUCAUACAAAGACUUCCUGUCAUAGCCUUGCAAGAAAACUUCCAGUCAUUGUUAGGAGUGUUGAAGGAAUCUGUGCAGCUGAAUUUGGCACCACCUGGUUAUUUCUUGCUUCUCAGCACUCUGAAUGAUUUUGUGACUAGAACUCCAAACCAGGAAAACAAGAAGGAUCAGAAAGACCUGCAGGAGGUAACCCAGAAAAUAUUGGAAGCCGUCGGGAAUGUUGCUGGUUCUUCGCUAGAACAAACUAGCUGGCUGAGCAGGAAUCUGGAGGUGAAAGCUCAGCCUCAGGUUGCUUUAGAUGAGCCCAUGGCUGAAGAUGAUUUCUGCGAUACAUCAGCAGUACCUUCUUCAAUGGUCUCUGCCUCUGCCCCAUCGGUGUACAGUGUUCAGGCCCUCUCUAUCCUUGCAGAGGUUCUUGCUUCUCUGCUGGAUAUGGUUUACCGGAGUGAUGAAAAAGAGAAAGCAGUGCCUUUGAUCUCGCGUUUGCUGUAUUAUGUGUUUCCUUACUUACGCAAUCACAGUGCCUACAAUCUUCCUAGCUUUCGUGCUAGUACACAGUUGCUCAGUUCUUUAAGUGGCUAUGCUUAUACCAAGCGCGCAUGGAAGAAAGAUGUCUUAGAACUAUAUAUGGAUCCAGCUUUCUUCCAGAUGGAUACUUCAUGCAUUCAUUGGCGAGCCAUUAUCGAUCAUCUUCUGACACAUGAGAAAACUAUGUUUAAAGAUUUGAUGACUAUGCAGAGCAGUUCUUUAAAACUUUUUCCAAGUUUUGAGCAAAAGGCAAUGUUGUUAAAGCGUCAGGCCUUUGCAGUUUUCAGUGGAGAAAUUGAUCAAUAUCACCUUUACCUUCCUUUAAUACAAGAGCGACUGACUGACAACCUGCGUGUUGGACAGACUUCUGUAGUAGCUGCCCAGAUGUUUCUGUUCUUCAGGGUUCUUUUGCUAAGAAUUUCCCCUCAGCACCUAACUUCAUUAUGGCCGAUCAUGGUGACAGAGCUGAUUCAAGCAUUUAUACAGCUAGAGGAAGAUUUAGCUGAAGAGGAGGAACCAGCAAAGCACAACAGUAAAAUAAGUAAACAGAAAACAUCAGAGGGCAAUGGCCCAUUGCUUGGUGACAUACAGCAGAAUGAGCUCUCCUUGUAUUUAUCAGCCUGCAAAUUCUUGGACACUGCACUUUCUUUCCCACCUGACAAGAUGCAAUUGUUUCAGAUGUACAGGUGGGCCUUUGUUCCAGAGGUGGACACACAGGCUUACAGCAUGACAUCCUCAGAUCUAAUGGAAAAUCAUCAGGAAUGCAAACCGCAUAUUGUCCGAAUUGUGGACUUAAUAAAGCGGAAAUAUGGGGAUCAAACUACCAAUGAGAGAGCAACAAAGCACUAUAGCUUCCCUCUUUUGGACCUUCGUUCUAUCUCGAGCAUCACACAGUUAAUGCCAUUCUUCAGAAUACUAAGCUGUGCUUUUAAAACUGAAAGCAGCAAGGCACUGAAUACGCAUAGCUCAAAGGAUUUCAAACUGGACUAUCCAACUGGCAGUGGAACAAGGACACUGAAACUACUGGAAGAGUGUGUGGAGCAUGACUUUAUAGAAAAUAUGGAAAGUUAAUAUGCUUUAAAGUACUUGUAUUAUACAAAGGUUGUAAUUGUCACUCAGUUUCAACUGUAUUGAAAAAAUGUAAAUAUGAGAAUGAAACAUUUUAAUGUUGACAGAUUUUACUUCAGUUUGUUUUUUCCUACUGAUGUAAUCUUUCACCUGUUCUAUGUCUUGUUGAUAAGUGGCAUGUUGCCUCAUGUUUUGUGGAAGCAAAUUAGCAUUAUAAAUGUGCACAUGUCUUAAGAUGAUUUUUGUUUGUUUGUUUUACUUCCAAAGUAAAACAAGCAUACUUUAGUUCCUCAUGUAAUGAAGGCAAUAGAUAGCAAAUCAAUCUGAACAAGACUAUAAUUCAUAGGAAAUUUUAAAGACAGGAUCAAGAUAUAAACAUGGAAUAUUUAUAACAGGCUUGUUGGCAGACGGGAACACUCUUCUGAAGUUAUUUUAGUCCUGCCUUUGAACAUCUCUGUAGUAAGCAGAUGCAAACAAAAUAGCAUGCUGUACGAAUAUCUGUGAUCCUUCUGCCGUAGCCUUUACAGCCUAAGCCUAGAAGCAUAUGGAGUAGGCCUUGCUGAUCUUAAUGGAAAUUGCUUUUUGGUAAAGAUUCAUAAGAUUUUAGGUUACAAGGGAUAUGUUUGCAUAGGAUAUAUACAACUAAGAAGGAAAAAAGAAAUUAUUGGAAAUUUAUUUGACUGGUUUUAAAGUCAUUAUUGUCUUCUGUAGUUUGCUGAGUUAUUGCUGAAUUAUGUUUAGGCCUAGAAAAACAUUUUUGUUAAAAUCAAUAAAAUCUCUUUUUUUAAAUAAAAAAAGAAAAAAACAUUAAAAAUUGUGUGCAUAGGGACUGCACAAUUCUUGAAAGGCAUGUAUAUAUAAUAAAAUGUAGCAUUAGAGGUACUUAAUUUUCUAAGCAAAUACUUUACAGUGCUGCACUAAAACAUCUGCGCAGAUAAAUAUUUCCUCUUUUAAAGUGUUGCAAAAAACUGGAAACAACUGCUUUUGUUGUGAUUUACGGUAAUUCGAGGGAGAAGGUUUUGGUUCUGCCAUUUUUCUGGCAUAGCAUUUGUAAUGCACAAGCAGACUAGAAUUUGUGAAGGGUAUUGGCUAGAUGGGUGUCAUGCUAGCUUCAACUGGAAAAAGUGUUAAAACAAGAAGUCUAGCUAAACAGAAUUGCUAGCCUGUUCUUUAAAUGUAUUGAAUAUUAUGCUUUCCUAUUUUUAUAACUGUUGAUGUAAAUAAUACUAUUUCUUUAGCAUGUAUUCCCUUUCCCCCACAAUAUUGAUAUAUCUAGCACCUUCACUUCCUAAAAAAAUCCAGCCAAACUUGAGCACUUUUAUUUCCCAUUUCCUUCAGUAGGAAAUGUUUUAAUCUAUUUAAAUCUCUCCACUGAAAUCAAUGGGGCUUAAAAGUACUUGUAUAUGGAUGAAUUGUGCCGCAAGUUUUUGUGUGUGUGUGUGUGUGUGCAAUAUUUUUGUGGAACACUUGGAUUUGAAUAAUUAAAGCCAAGAGGUGUUUUCCUUUUUCCUUUUUUAUUUCAGUGUUGUCACUUUUUAGAAAACUGCCCAUCAGUACCAAAAACACGUGGUGUAUAGUACAAAGGUUUCUGACAACAUUCUUUCAACAUUUUAUAUAGUAGACUAUUUGUGUGCUCUUAUCUACCGGCCAAUUAAUAAUGGGGUUUCGGAAUUCAUUUUGAUACUAAAUAAAAUGCUGAUACAUGCAUUACAUGCUUUAUUGUAAUUAUGUUAAAGGGACUAAAAUAAGCAUUUGUUAAUAUGUUUGGUAAAGAGAUGAUGAAAUUAUGCUUCUAAGCUAAACCCUCAUUAUGAAUGUGAAAUUUAAUUCAUCUGAAUGUAAAUUAAUUUCAUAAGUUGCUUUAUCAAAGGUAUGAAGGUGGUGUAUCCAUUUUAAAGCAUACCUUGCCCCUCCAAUAUUACGCGUUCAUUGGAAUAUUAAAACAAUUUCAAAACUUUAAGCAAAUGUUGCCAGCACUCAGGGAAACAGAAAAGUCUUCAUUUGCAACGCUAGUUGUAUGACAAGGAAUUCUCUGUGUAUUCCAUUCUUUCUUGUCCUAUUACUAGUACUGUGAAGUGCAGCUAAUCUCAGAUAUUUCACAAUACAGUUCACACCAUUUUCAACCCACAGAAGUAGGUAGAUACGUGGCAUUUAAUUAGUAACUUGCUGUACCAAUCAAGAUUACAUCUCUCACUAAGCUUUCUUCUACUUUCAUUCUUCUUUGAAACCAUCUUUGAAACCAUCCCUUUCUUUGAAACCAUCUGAGAACUAUCCUAUUCAUGCCAUUUAAACAUUUUCUUAAUUUUCUACAAAAUUACAUCAACCUGCCUACUAGAAGUGUUGUUGCUUGAUGUCUACUAAAUAUCACAUACUGCAGGUUCACAUUCAAUGUAACAAACAUCAUCCUGCCUUUGUUUCUUCAGGGCCAGUUUCCCACAUCUUGUUGUACAAAAAUAAUUCCAUUUUGGGAAUAGGAAUAACAACACGGAGUUAGAUUGUGAUUCUCUGGUCCACUAUAAUGUUUCUGAGUUACUGUUCAUAACUUACAGCUGCAUUAGUUAAACUGAUUUAAAUAUUUGUAUUUGCUAAUUUGGGAAAUAAUUUUUCAUAUUGCUACUGACAUUUGUUUUCCUACUACUGAUAUAAAAUAUAAAGAAAAUGCAAAUUUUAUUGUUGCUUUAAUGGAUAUUACUACUUUAAAAUUAUGAGUUUUGUAGUUGGUACACCUUAGAAAACAUCCUUAAAGUACUAAAAAAAAACUGAGGAGACGUUUGUAGUAUUUAAAAUGUAUUGCCAAAGAAGAGUCUAAUAUAGUAACUGAGAAUGGCUGCUGUGUAAAGUUGUACUGUGUAAUUGAAUGUAACUUUCAUAUUAAACAUUGUGUUGAAAUACCUCUUGAAA